AUGUGGAGCGCCAUGCCAAAUCUGGUCAAUAUAUGCUCGUUCAGCUACUUGUGGCCAAGAAUUGAUGUGUUCGAAAUGGGCGGGCAUGAAGUCCUGUUCCUGAACGAGAUCAUCACGGAUCCUACCCACCACUGCGAUAUCCUGUUUCUGAGUGAUGACGGACUGCUAGGCUUUCCGUUAGCGAUGAGGAGCCGGUACGAGAAGUGCAGGGUACAUUCGAGUAGUGAUGCCCAUCAUAGUGUACGAAUGAAUCCCACUCUUGGUAUUCGUACAUAUCCAUUUCGAGUCAAUCCCCAUGGACGCCUCAAAGUGGACUUGUUUGAAGACAUCGCCCCAACAGAUUACCAAAACAUGUCUUUGGUGACGUUGAUGAGUUUUUUCGUGCGACGGUUUCGAGCAACGUCGAUCACAAUUAACACGAAGAACGCAAAUGAAUUUUUACCUAUUUUCUUCAAUGACGGGAUUUUUCCAGAAUCCAGUAUGAGGGUUUGUCAGCUCAACAUAGCAUAUCCAAAGCCGAAAACCGCUCAAGAGAUUAAUGAUUUCAGAAAAGCAUGGAACGCAAUACUCUAUGAGAGAAGCUACCUACUCACUCAUGUCUCUAGAACCAAGGACGUGCUCAACAUGUUCCUGGUCAAUCUCAGCGAUCAGUACUGCUGGCAAAAAUACUUGUCGCAUAUUUUACCUCAUCAUGUCAAUUAUUAG